AUGAACCACCAAGACAACCAGAAGCCUGCUUUCAAGCGUGUCACUGACAUGCUUGACGGCACGGUCAAGGAGGGGCUCUACCGAGUUGAGCCUGAGCUCAAAAAUCCUCGCAAGUUCCUGGAAGCGACCCAGGAGGCGCAACAAGUCGCUCUUAGAACACUCUACGAGAACAAAGAAAUCAGAAGUCCGAUCUCCCAGGGUGCCAUGGAGUGCCACAUCACCACGGCGCUAUGGAAGAAGUACUUCCCACAUGGCCAAGGAAGCCCAGUAGAACCGCUUCGGGCCUUUUGCGAGGAGCUGUGUCCCAACCCAGACCAGCGGUGGGCCCGUUACCUGGAGAGAAGGUUGAAUGAGGAACAUAAAAAGAAUCGCAACCCGCGAUCACAAAAGCGACCACUGGAGGAAAGUACCAGCAGCUCAAAACCUCCACCUUCGCCUGCGCACACAAAAACUCAGAACUACAACCAUGUGCAGGCCGAGGCCGCAGUUACUGAGACAAACCCACAGCCUUUGUCCUCCCCCCGUAAGACACCUGUAAGCUUCCGCUUGCCUCCGGCGAACGAAGGCUCAGGUAAGGGUUCAAGCUCGUCCCGCGGCACCAAGCGGGCCCAGAUAGACACAAGUGAUCCCAAAGGCAAGGGAAAGGCAGUUGAGACUCCUGAUAGUUCGAGCACCACACACACAUCGCCACCUGAGCCCGUAGUCUCACAACUACGGUCUCCCACCUUAUACCAAGAUAUCCUCACAGCCAAGUGUCUUGAGGCAAGGAUGGGUGUGAGAUGGUUCCCAUCAGACGACAACACAAACGUAAAAGCCGUGUUGAUUGGCGACGUAUAUGUCCCAGCUAAUGUCACGUCGAUGAGAGACCUUACCAUGACCGAGGUAAAGGAGGAGCUGGCUCGAAGGAUCCUGGAUACUUGUAGCGAGAUGCGGCUUUACUGCAUCAGCCGGACGAGGAAAAGGGAGACGUGGGUCGAGUUGCAACGCCUGCGUUCAUAG